AUGGCGGCCAACAACCUACGAAGCGUUUACCAGCAAUACAAGCACGAUACGGAUGUCGUGGCAUCAUGGCUCGCGUCUACAGCCAAGUCAUUUGGCUACAACAAGCCCCUCGAACCGCCUGCUCCUACGGAACAGAAGACGCAAAGACUCAAAGGCAAAGCCAGAAAAGCCGGCAAUACUACGCAGAUUGGAUCAAACAAGCAGACGUCCAAGCCGAAAUACACCCUUGCUAUCAAGGACUUCGUACCUUUGUCUGCUCACAUUGCUAAGGUCAAAGGCACUGUAGAAGUGCCGGACUACUUCAACGUUGCACUUGAUCGAGUGAUAUCGGUUCGAAGUGCUUUCUCGCAUAAGCUGGCAGCUGCCGGCGAAGCUGUCGACAAAUCGUCAGAUGACCGUCACAGCUUUUUUGUCACUGUCCUAGAAAGUGUUCGCGAUGCACUCAAGCCUUUGAUGAGAAACGAUGCUCUCGAUCUCAACAGCAUCAAGAAUGCUACGCCUCGGAGUGAUAAAGACCGAGUCAGACAGACUGGACUUCGCAACAUCUUCGAGGUUUUGGAUGUAUAUGAGCCAUCGGCGGAGUUCUUGGCUGCACCAGACGUGGUACCUCCGCCUAAACCUAUGAAACUGGAUUACACUGCUGAGGUGUUGACCGACUCCGUCAUUGAUGCCUUUAUGGCAAUGACCAUGUUGAUGGACGACCUCUCCCGCCUUCGUGCUGAGAUUGCAGACCUAUGGGGUCGGCACCAUGCGGGAGAACUCGAUUUGGCAACUGUGUCGGUAGCGACCAACACAGCAAUUCAGCUUGCGCACAGCAUGCACGACGAAGUCUAUCCAGUGAUGAAGCAUCUCGUCGAAAGCGUGCCGUUCCAUGAGGUGUACUUUCUGGCUAUAGCUAAAGAAGCUGGUGUUGACCCACAAGCGAAAGGUUGGUUCGGCUGGUGGAACGACUACAACUUCGAAGCCUACGACAUCGCAGACGCCCUGUUCAACAACGCCCGUAAUGGCCUCCUGGUCUACCUUUACAACGAUCUCUCCGCGUCCGGGUCAGUCAUGGACUACAAUGGCAAAUGGGGUCGAUUCGAUGAAAAUGAGGGUCCACCACCCAGAACGAACAAGCAAAAGUAUGCCCGCGAUAAGUCGACGUUGAUGGAAGUGUUCCAAAAUCUUCCCUUGCUACACAAUCAUCCGGGAGCGGUUGAGGAUCAGUUUGUCAUCGCUUUCGAGGCAGCGCGGAAAUCCUAUGCAAGGGAGAAUACGAACAAGCAACCACCAAUCUGGUCGUGCUUUGCAUUCCAGAUAUAUCUCGACAUCAUUUACUGUACCGAGGUUGGUGCGGGCUGGACGCAGAUGCGCAACGAGUUUACUACGCUCCAGAAAUACGUUGAGACAUACCCUAGAGCUUCUUCCGACAUGAAGGAGUUGGUAAAAUCGGUCGAUAAGAUCAUGGAGGUCGAUCCCAUCGCGAUCAUCCGAUCGGCGUUUACUUUUCCCUACAAGGACUAUACCGGAAACUUGGCCUACUUCAUUGGCGAACCCCCCAAAGACUUUGAGGGACAUUGGAAGAACUUUCUCAUGGCUAUUGGUGCUUCAGCAACUAACUGGGCAAGCUCAAAGAGGAAUACGAAGGUCAAGGAGACCAAAGCAAACGCACGUUUGUUGAAGUUCAAGGGUCCAGUAUCGGCCUGGAUGGCUUCGCGUAUUUCAACAAAUGGCGACGAACGACUCAUCACAGCUGAAACAAUUGAAGACGAGAUCAAAGAAGGCGCACGCCAUCAUUCCUCCCUCGCCGCCGUCAUGCCGGCCAUUCAAAGGCAAACCCACGUCAUACAAAAAUUGGCCACUGCUCUCCACGCCGAGGCUCCAGAAAUCACGUUCGAUUACUUCACCAUGCAUGACCUUUGCUGGGAAUUGAUGGAAAGGAUGAAGGAGCAGUUCAGUCCUAUCAUUGCUGCCAAAUCUGGGAAGCAGUGGGAAGCACAUAAGAGCAACCUGCCGUUUGUUGUUGGCUUCGUCUUCUCUACGGCAGCGGGUAAAAAAGAUAUCGAGACGGACGGUGUGCCUUCGGUAGAGCUGUUAAAGAUCGCUGUGCAAGUUACGAAAAAGUUCUUGGAGGAAGGUAAAGGUAAUGUGAUUACCGAGAGAGGACGCCUGGAAGGUCAGUUCGAGUCAGCUGGGACAGAAGAAGUGGAAGUGUGGAAAGCCAAAAAAGACUGGAAGAUGCACAAGAUGCUUUGCAAGUCCUUCGCAGAUCUCGAGCCACGACCUGGUGCAACCUUCUUUCGCGGUCUCCUCUUCCCCGGAGAUGAGCCUUUGCCGCGUUUCGUCUGGGUCGAAUACGGCAACGUCAAGGACUUCGUAUCAAUAUCCUGCGAGCCUUUCCUCGGUCGCAACAUGUUGAAUCACAUAUCACACACCUGGCCCACCCUCAAGCGCAUACCCUCGCACCGGGUCGGUAUCUACUAUCAUGACAACUACAUGAACGAGAACCUGCCCACCACUCCGAGUUUGACCAAAUGGCUGGGCCCAGCUGCAGGCAACUACUUCCGUGGACCUUUUCUAACCCACGGCUACGAGAAUGGCAUUGAGCUUGACGAUGAGUUCAAGUCUGGUGAGGGAGGGCCCUGCGAUCUUGACACGUCGGCUUUGGCUACUCUGUUGGCGUUCUUCCAGGCGCAAGGUACCGUUUAUCUUGAUAGGAAGAGGUUCGGCAAAGGAUUCUCCCAUUCAAAUAUCAUCGAGGUGCGCUCCGAUGCGGACUGA